AUGGCUGACCCAUCUAAAAAUCCUAUUGCUGAUUUGAGCGAAACUCAACAGCUGGAACUCUCCAAAUUUAUUGAAACUGAACAGCAAAAGGUGAAAUUGCAACAAGCAAUUCAUCAGUUUACUGCUACUUGCUGGCCUAAGUGUGUUGGCACUAUUGGAAACAAGUUUGACAAGAGCGAGGAGCAAUGCUUGCAAAAUUGUGUGGAAAGGUUUUUGGACUGCAACUUUCACAUUAUUAAGAGUCUUGAAUCGACCAGAAAGUAG